UGAACGCGGAAGAACAGGGUGUUUCUGUACGGGAACGUGCGGCACUUUCGCUCGGGUAUUACAACCCGAGAACUGUCAACUUCUACACUAGAUAGAGUUGAACUACUGAUCAAAGUUACACGUAGCAGCUGGUUAAAAGCCAGCGGGUGUGUUUGAUCAGCAAUGGGAGCCAACAACAGUACGCGUCGCGUGUCUUUCGAGUCGGAUGAGAAUGACAACAUAACAACAGUGAAGGGCAUAAGGCUCACAGAGAAGGUCAUCGACCGCAUGAGGGAGCCCUCACCAGUCCAACCACGGUCCCAGUCAUCCCCCAGAACCCCUCCUGCUGUUCCGCCUGUGGUUGAUCCUCUACCAGCACUGGAGCCAUUAUCUCCUUUAUUUGACCCUGUCACCUCCCCCCCACCUCCUCCACUUCCAGAGUCAGUAAAACUCCCAACACCUCCAUCACCACAACCAACCACUUCUGAGCCGGUGACUGCUCCUGCACCACCGGUCAUUCUCCCCCCACCUCCGCCUUUAGAAGCAAUACCACCUCCACCUGUGGCCGAGACUGUACCCUCCCCUGCACCACCUCCUCCUCCCUCAGUUGAAUCAGUGGGUGUUGUGUCAGCCCCUGCAGUGGAUGAGUUUGAGCUGAGGAGAAAGAUCACAGAAGAGCUGCAGAAAGGCCUGGAGGAAGAGAGAAGAAAAGCACAAGAGGAGCUCAAACAUUGGCAGGAAGAGGAAAGGUCCCAGGCACAUGCACAGGCAGAGGCAGAAGCUCAAGCCCAAGUAAAGGACGAGGUGAGCAGGAUCCUGGCCCUGGAGAAAUCCAGUGCAGAUGGGAACAUCCAGAAGGCCAUACUGAAAGAGAGAGUUACUGCUGAUGAUGAAAGACUACAAGCUCAGAUCUACCAGAUGGAGAGGAAGGCGAGACAGUUGGAGGAGAGAGACAAAGAGCUCAGAAAGCAGGAUGCCUUCUACAGAGAGCAAGUAGCCAAGCUGAAGGAAAGGAGUGCCCAGUUCUACAAGGUGUCCAAUGAGAACUAUCACAAGGCAGCAAAUGAUGUCAAUGCCAAGUUCAAGCGAUAUGAAAUUAGUCCAGUGUGCACCGACCUUCAGGGUCAGAUUCUCAAGUGCUACAGGGAAAACGCCGGGAAGACUCUGCUCUGCUCCAACAUCGCCUCACUCUACCUGCAGUGUGUCAACAAAUCUAAACAGGACAAGUUGAGGACUGGGGGUUAAGUCUCGGAGCAGGUAGUGAGGGAGGCCUGUUUGUAACUGUAAUCGCACCGUUUAUCGACUGUUGCCAAGGAAAGACACCAUCCAGAGACACACCUGACACACCGGAGCAAGAACUGAACCAGAAACUCCAGUGAAAAGAGAGCACCCUUAAACCUUCUGUUCCAUUUUCCUCUACCUUUUACCUUCCCUUCCUCCCUCCUGUCAUUUCCCUUCCUCCAGAAAGGGGAAAUUGGUAUCACUUUCUGAAAUAGACCAGAACUAGCACCUUGCAGUCCAACAAAGAAAGCAGCGGUGAUUGUAGCUGGAACUCAAACAUUCAGAGCGCUCAAAACCAGCUAGUUUUCCGUCUUGGUUCGGCAAGGACAGUACACAGUGUAUAGAACCCAACAAGAAUACCCUGCAUUGGCCAUACUAGACCAAUCGAGACCCAGAAUCCCAGAACUGGUGGCUUUGAAAUUCUAGUUGGUUCUAGAUUUGGUCGGUCUGCCGAAGGAUUUAAUGUAAUUUAUCCAACCAUCAUGCCUAAGAUCCACCCUGAUAACCCACAACCACCCUUCAUCACACACCUGUUGCACUAGACACAUUUUCAAGCUGUUCAUUGCAUUUUUGUGUGUAAUGUUCAUAUUCUAGUUUCUUUGUUUUGUCUUGUCACUCAAGAAGUGUCAGGUCUGAGCCCCUGAUCUGCUUUGCAAAAUAAACAAAUCAAACUUUAAA